CGCCGGCCGCCCGCGCGCCGGGGGCCGAGCGGCCCGCCCCGCGCGCUCCCCCGCGCGCUUCCCCCGCGAGAGCGGGCGCGGAGCGGCCCCGGAGGGGCGCCGCCGCCGCACGAUGGCCGGGGCGGACUCGCCCGGGGCUCGGGGGUCCGCCGAAAUGCCGGUGGGGCUGUCGAACUUCGGGCACCUGGUCGACGCUGCGAAGCAGCAGACGGAGCUGAUCGUGUGGAUGGCGGAGAAGCUGCAGGAGCACGAGAGGAAGCUGGCGGGCAUGGACGGUAUGGGCACCAGGUCCGCCUCGGACGGGCUCUCGGUCCGCGCCUGGAAGCCCGGCCUGAAGAGGAGUGAGUCGCAGGCGAAGGCGUCCAUGCCGCCCCUGGCCAAGGGCGAGCCGGCGUCGCCGCCCAAUGGAAGCCAGAGCAGAGGAUCUGGCGCCACCCUUGGGGUCAGCGUCAGCGAGGCCCCGACCACCGCGGCGUCUCUCGCCGCCGCCGCCCCCGCCGACGAGGAGGGCGCGGCACACCCCGCGCCUGCCGGGCCGCCGCAGGCGAGCCCCCUGGCCGGCGAGGGCGAGCGGGAAUCGGACGCCAGCUCGCUGGAGUCGAGGGUCGUCCUGCCCGUGGCCCUCGCCGAGCAGGCCGAGUUCGGCUCCUCGGCGCCCGGACAGGGUCGCGAGAGUAUCGCGGAGGACAGCGCCAGCGUGAUGCAAGAGCGUGUGACCCCGCGGCGGGCGUCGGUCGCGGAGGGAUGGAUGGAGCAGCGGCUGGAAGAGUUCGCGGAGUACAUGCGGGAGGAGCUCGAGCGCGCGGCCGAGGUGAGCAGUCAGAGCAUCGCCCGCCUGGCGGCGCAGAUGCGGGCCAUGUCUCCGCGGGCGGCUUCGGCGGCGGAGUCGCCCGACAGUGCCAGCCUGACACGGGGCGGCCAGCACGGCCCCGCGUCGCCGCCGGGCGAGCCCAGCGAGCUGGAGGCCGCUGAGGAGGAGCUGCCGGCCAUGGCCGGGGCGGGAGCCCAGCCCGCCGACGCGGACGGGCCGGGGGAGGGCCGCGCGGAGCGGCGGGGGGCGGAGGGCUCGCGGCCGGGCAGCGCGGCGAGGGAAGGCCCUCGCCCGGCGAGCCCGCUGGCGGGCCUGGAGUCCUCGGAGCAGCUGGCCCUGGUGCGGGGCAUGGCGGAGGGCCUGCAGAGGCAGAUGGACCGCAUCCACGUGGACGAGCUGAAGGACAUCCGGCUGGAGCACGUCUCCAUGAAGGCCGACGUCGACGAGCUCAGGGAGGGCGUCCGGCUGCUGGAGCAGGAGCUGCUGCGCCUGCGGCCGGGCGGGGACGCCGACGAGGGCGCCGCCGAGCUCCACAGGCUGGUCCACAGGGCCUCCUCGGACGCCGCUCGGGAGGGGGAGCCGCAGGCGGCGGCCUCGGCGGCCUCGGAGAAGAGGUCCGCCGAGAGCGAGGAGGACGACGAGAGCCUGGGCCCCCUCGGCGGUGCCCUCCAGGGCAGCGAGGACUUCGCCGAGGUGGACCACGAGGCCGCCCAGGUCGUGAAGCGUCUGGAGGAGCGGCUGAAGACGCUGGAGGAGGAGCACCGGGUCUCGAAGGCCAAGCUCGGCCACAGCAUCCAGAUCCUCGAGAAGGCCGCGAGGGAGGACGACGAGAACCAUCGCCGGCAGUUCAAGGCCUGGAAUUUGGCGAACCAGGUGGACGUGAUCCAGAGCGUCGUGGCCGAGGAGAUGCGCCACGUCAGGGACGAGGUGCGCAAGGAGAUGCGACAGGCAGGGCCCAGUACAGCAGGACCGCUGCUCCGGGGGCCGUCCCCCUGGGGAGAGGACGUCGGCAGGGCGGGCAACGCCGCGGCGGCGCCGGCGCCGGCGGCGGACAGGGACAAGGACAUGAAGGAGGUGGAGGAGAAGCUGCGGAGGCUCCAGGAGUGCUACCAGCAGAACACGCUGAAGAUCGCCGGGCUGAAGUCUGCGACCCGGGCGAUCGAGCACUCGGCGAGCUCCGCGAUGGACAAGGCCAAGCGGGUGGCCGACGACAUGGACGCAGUCGCGGAGAUGGCGCAGAGGCACGAAGCCCGCCUGGAGUUCCUGGCGCGGGACGGCGUCGGCAUCGCGGACGCCCAGGUCCUCGCCAGGUCCCUGUCGGAGGUAUCCGGGCUGCACUCGAUCCAGUCGGCCCCCUCCCUGCCCUCGGCGAGCCAGACGCCGAGCCCUGGGCCGAGCCAGAGGAAGCCGGCGGCGGGGGCGGCGCGGCAGGGGCGGCGGCGCUCCUCGCUCAUCGUGGGCGCCGACGCGCAGCAGCCGGCGGUGGAGGCGACGGCCUCGGGCGAGGCGUCGCCAGGAGGUGUGUCGGAGAUUGGCAGCAUGCCGCCGGCAACGCCGGCGCGGAGACUGUCUGCCGUCCACUCCGGCGUGGACGACGGCGUCACGGCCCGCUUCGUGAGGCUCGGCAAGAAGGUCACUGACUUGCAGGGGGAGACCACUGAGCAGAUGCGGGCUAUGCAGACCACAGUGACGCUGCUCAGCCAGCGCCUCGGCAUGAUGGAAUCAUUCUUGCCGAAGAGGCUGAGGCGACAGGUAGAGAAGAUCAUCGAGAUGGAGAUGGACAAAGAGGCGAAGGAGAAGGAGAAAAUGGAGGAAGACGAGGAGCGCAUCCGGAAGGAGAAGAGCAAGGAAAACAAAACCAAGAAGAGCAAGAAGGACGAGAAGGAGAAGAAGUCCGUUGAUUUCGCAAGCCGCGAGAAGCUGGUGGAGACCAAGGAGUUCAAGAUCGACGACGACGAGCAGGUGCCCUGGCAGAAGAUCGGCGAGCCCGACGUCAGGUGGUCGUGGUGCUUCCAGCCCCGGAACGAGAUGGGCCGUGACUUGGCCUUGCACUUCCAGACCAUGGAAGACGAGCGCCAGGAAUUCGAGGACGAGAUUCGCAGGCUUCUUGACGACGCGAGGAAGAAUGGCAACCUCCUCGGCAGGCGGCCUCACCAGCCGCACCGCGGGAUCGCCGAGCGCCGCGUGACGCAUCAGGAGGCCAUGGGCGCAGCGAGCUCCGCGGAUACGCAGGAGGAGCCGGCGUCGCCCGGCGGAGGCCUGGAGGUCCCGCAGGAGGAGCUGGUGGCGGAGUUCCCACCCAGCCCCAACACCGACCGGAGCCUGGACCGGAUCUCGAAGCGCGUCGACAAGGUGGUGCUGCCCCAGAUCGCCGAGCUAGCCGACCGGAUGGACCGGAUGGUGGUGGAGCUCAGGGACACCAAAAAGGCUUCGGAGUCGAAGCUCGACGCGAAGGCAGACAAGCAGCAGGUCCAGGGCCUCGCGGUGAAGGUGGCCUUUUUUGACACGUUCGACCCCGCCAAGCUGGAGUCGAGGAUUGACUCAGCAGAGGGCGCGAUCAAGUUCGUCGAGCAGCUGAACGACAGGCUCGCGAUGCAGGUGCGGAAAGCGGAGUCGAGUGCAGUCAACAAGAACGAUAUCACAAAGCUCUGGCAGGAGGUCUCCGGGAUCAAGGUGGAUGCGCAGAAAUUGACCAAGAGCAUACAGGACGUCACGACCAAUUCAUUCAACGCCACACAGAAGCUGUCCAUAAAGAUGGAGGAAGUGGGUAAGAGGUUCGAGAUGGAGGUGAAAACGCUUCAGUCUGAAAAGGCCACUGUCAAGGAUUUAACCGCGCUGUCGGAGAAGGUGAAGUUGCUGGAGAUUGCGAUCAAAAGCAGCUCGAAGGCGCUCACAGAGAGUUCUGGUCCCGAGGUGAACGUUGUCGUGAAGCGCAUUAUCCUAGGCAUGGAGGACAAGCUCAUGCUACUUGAGAACAAGAUUCAGGCUCUCAUUAAUGGCGGGGUGGCCGUGGGCGGCGACGCGGGCGGUGGGAUGGCCACGCUUCAGGGGCUGCCGGUGGAGCAGACCGAGAAGUUGGGCCAGGACAUCGAGCAUGCCACUCAGGCAGUCCAGAAGCUCAAGCAAGAGGUCGGUCUUAGCAAGGCAGACUUGGACAGUGUCAAGAUGCAGCUUGCUACGCACAUCGACAUCGCCCAGCGCAUCAACGUGUUGGUGGAGAGCGUCUCCCCUGGGGAGGGCGAGUCCAGCGACGGCGCCGGCUCGCUGACCCUCUCGCGGGUGCAGGUGAUGAUCGCGGCGGCUGCACGCCAGUUAGUCGCGGGCAGCAAAUGGGUCACCAGGGAGGCCUUUGAUCACAGGAUCAGCGAGAUCCAGAGCCAGGUCCAGCUCAGCUCGCGGCAGCUGCUGGGCCAGGUCGAGGAGAUGGUGGCGACCAGCGGGCGGGCGCUGCAGCCGCCCGCCGCCGCCAACGGCGGCCUGCUCCCGAAGGUGGUCACCGCCAAGCAGGCGGGGGGCACGCUGCAGCUGCAGUACGUCGAGGCGGAGCGCGCCUCGCAGUCGGCGCGCGGCCCGCGGCGCCGGGAGGACCAGGCCGGGAGCGUCGCCGUCCGCAAGGUCGGGGCUGGACCUGAGCGGUGUUUUUUCGGAGAUUUCGUGGGCCGCCUUCGUUUCGAUGUCGUGUUGCGGUAAAGGGCGGACUCGAGACAAGAGCGAGGGAAAGCGAAAACAUAACGAAAACGAAAGACACCGUUUAGGUUCCUGCGCAAGGUCAUGAGCCACACUGUGGGCGGGGGUGCGCUGCCCUGGCCGGGCAGGUAGCGAUGACGUGCGCGCGAGCGGGUCACGGUGCCGGCCCCCGCGAGUCUGCUGCUCGGGGCUUUCUCCCCGCGCCGCCGCUCUCGAGAGUUGUCCGCGGGCCUCCGGCUUCGGCCCGCGGGCAGGGCCUGCGCUCGCAUUUUGCUUUCCUUUUGCCUCCCUCGACAGGGGCUCGUAGCCGACGCUGCUGCAGAGGACACGCCGUGGCAGCACGCUUCGGCCGAGGGACUGGGCGCGCCAGCUCAGCUGGUCCGCGUCGCAGGCCCUUCAGCUGCGAGAGGCUUCUGAAGCGGACCUCCUCGCAGCGCGAACCUGGAGUCGAGUGGCCUUCUCGGCCGCCUCUGCUCAGCCGCUCUCCAAGCUCGUGGUCACUCCCCCGGACGUGCGCUGACAGAGCGCAGGCAAAUAUUGCAUGUGUGAUGUCAGUGUCAGCAAGAUGCGGCGCGCCGGCUGCGGGUUCACCCUGUGGAGACAAAACCAACGCCUCAGCAUUACCACAACGUCCACCGCACUUUCGCCAUCAAUGUGAUUGUCUUCUUGGUAUGAUGUUCCUGCC